AGCUUUCGUUGUAGUUUUGUUUUCGUUAGUGACUUGAUGCACGAUCUUUUUCAAUAUAAUAAAAGUCUAUUCUUUUGUUUCAUAGGAAUCAUUUCAUGCUCACCAUGUCCACCGUUAAAUAUUCCUAACUAUUUUAAUUAAAAGGGUUGGUCAGUACCAGAUGCAAAAUAAUAGGUCUGAAACUUAUCAGGAGUGGUUACUCAAAUCCUACAUCGAUCAAAUGUCUCAAACGCACUCAAACACUGCUCUCUCUUGGAGGCGGCUGUAUUUGAGCAGAGCAAAACUCAAAGCUAGUAGCAGGACAUCAGCACUAUUAUCUGGCUUUGCUAUGGUAUGUGUAGCCUUUUUGGUGAAAAUUGUGUCGUUUUCCCACAAGUUAAGUUGUAAAUUAUAUAAUAAUACUCUAGCCUGGUAAAUCUUAGCAUUGGUUUGGUGCACCACUCAUUUCCCGCCCACACCACUCAUUUCCCACAGCUGCCCUCUAAAUACACAUUUGCUAACAUGGAGAGGGGAAGAGAAGGGAAGAUUAGCUGUUUUAGCUACUUACAGAGAGAAACAGAAAUGAGAAGAAAAAGAUUAAAUUUAAUUAAGUUAAUAAUUUCAGCCGAUACAUUAAUUUCAUGGCGAAGUAGCAACUUUAUUGCAUCCCUCUAGAUAUGUGGCAAUAAGUGUCAAUGACCAGCUGUCACUCCCUUCCCUCAACUAAAACAUGUUUGCUACUUAUACGCUGACUGUGGUAAGAAAAGGGUAACAAAUGAAUAAAAACAAUUCAAAAUAUUUUUAGAGUAAUGAAAACCCAACUUACAGUUCUAUAGUACACUUUUACAUAUUUUAUUGCAGGUUCCACCAAAAAUAAAAUCCAAAAGUUGUCAGAAAUCAAUACAAUACCCAUUUUCCAAAAUGUCAGAAAAUUUAAAUAUACUUAAACCACCCAAUGAAAUUAUAAGUUAAAACAUUCCAUCGACAAAUUAAUAUUUAAUAUUAAUAGUAACAAUCCAUAACUAAACAAAAGGGAGAGAAUCCUACACUGAAACUCAAAGUGGCAUGCCAAAGUAACAUUAGCCCAUAGCUCUAACAUCUAUAAAUUAAAUUUAAUGAUUAUUGAGAUACAUGAGAAUCAUAGACUUUAUGUUUCACAUUCAUGGUCUAUAUAGCCUAUAUAUAAGAUUUAAAUGCUCAUUUUGACAUAAGUUAAUUGGGGACCAUCCAUUAAUUAUGUCAACAAUUUUAGGCAAUGUUUGACCACCUCCCCCUGCCCUUUUCAACAACUAUCAAAGUUUCAAGGACCUCUAAUUAAUUAUUUCAAAAAUUAAUAAUCUACCACUUCAGCGUCGGCUAUUCAAAAAUUGUGUUUUUACCAUUUUACGUGCUGUGUUACAGGUUAUUCUUUAAUUGAUAUGACAAAAGUCUUUUAUUAAUAAAAAAAAUUGGAAAUGUUUUUAUCACAUUGUUACAUGCUCAUUUCAGCACAUGGAUAAAUAUUCUUACCAAGACAACAUUUUUAAACUUAAACAAUUUAAAGUAUGAAAAGAAUAAAACAUGUGUAAGCAAACAGAGUUUGAGUUUAUCAUAAUUUUAUUCCCCCAGAGUUCCAAUAAAGGGAAAUAAUAAGUAAUCAGAGUGCGACUGGUGCCAAACUGUCUUUUCAGAUUGCGCGUUGCGCACAUGGUUGCGCACAUCCACAUAUUUUCUACUUUCUGUGUGGGGACACCAAUGACUGUGACAUUUGAAUCAAGGAAUUUUUUAUGAAGGACUACAACAGAGUGUUCAUAAGUUCUGUGUCUGAUCUGAUUGAUGAUUGUAUAAGCUGCUCAUCCAUCCAAGACACUGUGAACCUGGUAGAAAAUAUCUCUAUAUUGGAUCCUUUAAAGUGAUUGUCCACCUUUUAUGGCACUUCAAUAAGAAAGCAUCACUCACCCUCUCUUUUAAUAUCAGUGAAAACCCAGUAGCCCUCUCUCCACCAUCCACAGUAGUAUUUCAUGUAAUGAAGCACUUCAGACCCAAAAUACAGGAUUUUUGAAUAGCCGACGCUGAAGUGAUGGAUUAGGCCCUACCCAACAAUUUUUUAACCACCUUUCCAACCCCCCACCCCUUUUUUUUGUCAAAGAAAAUAUUUUUAAAUAAAAAUUGUCUAUAGACCUAAAAGAAUAGGGAUCUUUUUAUUUCUUAAGACAUUAUACAGAAAUCACUGGGAACAAGAAAAUUAUUUUAAAAUUGUAAAAUUCUUUAACAAAUUUUUAAUUUAUAACAAUUAGAAUCUAUAACUUAGUAACUAUAGUCAAUUUUAUAUUACUACAGAAUUUAUUAAAGAAUUAAUAAGAUCUAAAACAUUGUUGUUACUAAAUGUAGUGCUACAUUUAAAGUUAUAUUUUCUGACCGAAAUAGAUUAACAUUAUAGUCUAUGCAUUUUAGUUAGUCAUGUAUUUUUCAGUGACCAGAUUUUCAACUACAUUCCAAUUUUAACACGAUACAGCCCCUUUUAAGGAUAUUUUUCUUUUUCACAUUAAUAAAAUUGUUCCACUUUUGCAAAAUCAAAUAGUAAUAGUAACUGAUUAAUUUAUCAUUGCCAUAUUAAUAUUCUUAUGGAGCUGGAUGAUAUCGUCCUUGUCUAGUCUAAUACUAGACGAAUAAUUUGCUAUUACAAAGACGUUGGCUGUAGACUCAAAUUUGCAUAUUCUUUAAAUUUCUCAGCCGCUCCUGAAACUUUAAAAUAUAAUUUAACUUAAGAACCAAACAAUGGCUAGUAGCGUUUCCAGUUAAAGUUAGUGAAUAUUUCUUUGUUUAUGUUGUAAACACACAUAUUUGUUUAAUAUAAAGUUGACAUAUAUGUUUAAUAUCAAUUUGUAAUUUGACGUUGUCCUUAACCUAUGGUGACCUUGUUCAGACUUAACUUCAUUCAAUACUCAUAAUUUAAUAUUAAGUAUACUUCCUUUUUAAAAAGUUUAAAUUGCUUUUUAUUGGUUGGACUGCAAUAAAGCUUUUAAUUAUAUCAAUAAUAAUAAAAUAUUUUGUUUAUAAAGAUCAAUAUUUUGAUCUUACCCUACUAAAACUACAAAAAUUACUAUUUUUUUAUGCUUUUGACCCCUUUUUUUUUUAAAAAUGUAAAACCCACAGUAUCAAUAGGCUUGAUCAACUUACCCCAUAGAGCAAUGUACCGUAAUUAAAAUCAAAUUUCUGUAAUAAUAGUAAUAUUAUUUUUUUCUAAUUCCUAGGUGGCCAUGGUUGAAAUAUCUAUUGGGGACAAUGGAAAGACUGCCAUCCCUGAAUCACUUCUAAUAGUGUUUGGCUCUAUCACAACACUUUUGGUUGUUGUUCACCUGAUGGCACUGAUGAUUAGUACAUGCAUUCUGCCCAACAUAGAAGCAGUCAGCAAUGUCCACAGUGUUCAGGCUGUCAAUGAAUCUCCUCAUGAUGAGAUGCGAGUGUGUGUUGAGAUGGCUUGGGUCUGCUCGACAGGAUUAGGCAUUCUGCUCUUUCUUGCAGAGAUAGCCAUUCUUUGUUGGGUGAAGUUCUAUACUCUGAGCCAAAAUACUGCAAUUGCAUCCACAGUGAUUGUCAUGCCGGCAGGCAUCUUGUUCAUUGCAUUUUCGCUUAUGUUCUACAAAAAGCUAAUGGCUCACAAAUAUCAAAGGCACUCUGAGGGUUUGAAAGAACUGGAUGAGAUGGCUAGAGAAUUACAGACCACUGGAGAUGGGGUCAAUAUAAUUUAACUUCUAGAAUCAGCACCAAUAAUUUAUUAUUGCAUGUUUUACUUUCGAAGCUUUAUUUUUUUUAAAGGUUCGAUUAUGAUUUCUGGGGUAUUAAAUUGUAAUCUUAAUAUUAGCUCAAUCAAUUAAAUUGAUUAUUAUGACAUUAUAGUCCUUAUACUGUUCAUCUUGCAUACCAUUUAUGCGAUUUCAUAUUUUUCUUCAUAUUUCAGUAACAUAAUUUUGUUUAUCUUAUAAUACUUUUUGCAUCAUCACUCUAUAACUUUUCCUCCCUCCUUUUGAGGUAAGAUGUUAAGUCUAUCUUAUUGUCAAAGAGUGGCAUUUUCAUUCACGCAAUUAUAUAAUAUUACUGUUAUGGUGUUUCAUACACUGACAGAUCUAUGCUGUUUAUUACAGAAUAUUUUUUCCUAUUUACAUAUUUGGGCUGGUUCCUAAUUUGAAAAGAAUAUUAUUCAUAUUAAUGUUUGCCUUGCAUUUGCUUAUCUAUACUAUAUUUGUAAUUUAUAACCAUAGAUACAAAAUUAAUUAAAACUAUUAUACAUAUUUUAAAUUACUAAAGAAGGGGAUUUUUAAAUGAAAGUUUGGUACAAAUAUUUCAAAAUGUAUUUAUAAAUUAUAUUGUAUUUUUUUUUUUAUUUCAGAAAAGUCACUUGAAUUUACUGUUUAAGAAAGCAUUAUUAUUUUAUUUUAAAAUAUUUCAUGUUGAAUUUUUAAUUUGAGUAAAAAAUAAUUGGUAAACUCCAUAACUACAAGUUACAAGCAUUUGCUGUUUAAAGAAUUCAUUGAAUGAACUGGGUGUUACUCUAGUACAGCAACACUGUUAAAGUUAAAGCAAAGAUAAUAUUUUAUGUAGCCACUUUCAUCCUCAUAUUCUGGUUUGUGAUUCCCAGAACUACAUGAAAAUAGUGCACUUUUACCCAAAAAUGUCAUUGAAGGCAGGCAUCUCAAAAUAUUAAUAGUAUGGCAGAUUUUUAUCUUUGAGCUUAAUAAUAAUUCAGAUGUUGCCAAUUAAAUGAUGGAAUGAGAUUUUUAAAUACCAGGUAUUCAAUGAGUGGCUUAUUUGUUCUUACAACUACUUAGGUAUCAAAGCAUGACAUUAGCUAAAAGGUUUAGUUGGAAAUUAGGUUGUAAUAAUUUUAAAAAGCAAAGUAACUUUAAGUUUUAGGGGAUAUUAAUGUAACAUUUCCAUGUUAAUUUUGAGUGUCAUCAUUAGCUUAUUUUUAAAAAAUUGGGUAUGAAAGUGUUGGAAAAAAAUAACAUUGGCUCCCAUUUUGAAUGGAAUAAAUACAUUUAAUUCCAAGGCAAUCUGUAUACUGUAUAGAAAAUGCAAUUCAUUUCAAUAUGAUUGAACUUAUUUUCCAGUGUGAAAGUUUGCAAAUAUUUUGCAUUACAUGUUAACUAACAUAACCAAAAAAGUUCAACAUCAUUUUGUAUAUAUAUCAAUUAAAAAGAGCAGCAAAAUCAGUUUAACUCUUAUAAUUUAUAAGUAAAUAUUUGGAACAUCAUCUUAUAAAACCACUGUAAAUUUAUUUUGACUUUCAUUUAUUUUUAAUCAAUCUGUAGUGUAAAUAUUUAGACAUGGCUUUUAACCUGCACUCUUUUGUAUUUAUGGGCAUCUUCUUAAACAUCACAGGAAGUUUCUUUCCAUGACACCUGAUUGAUAUGUCAUUAUUGUCAUGAGUACGUCAUUUUUUUAUAAUGUUAACCAAUGUCAAUCACUUUUUAUUUCAUUGUUUUAUUUCUGUCAAUUUUUGUUUUAGUAGAACUUGAACAUUUGAAUGAUUAUUACAGAAAAAUUAAUUUGUCUUAUCCAAGAGAACUUGUUAUAGGUUCAAAAGCUUGGCUACUUUUUAUUCUCGAGGCUGCAUUUGUUAACAUUUUUUGAAGCAUGUGUUGUUUGUUUUUUUUCACUGCUCCACGUAAUAGAUCUAAUAUCACAGAUGUGGUUGAAAUAAUAUUUUUUAUACUGCUAGUCAUCUCAACUGCCGCAUCAGUUUCAUUGAAAAAAAGUCAAUCAAAUUGUAUGUAAUACUGAUAGUAAUUGAUUAGAUUAAUUUGCUUAAAAGCCAGGUUAGUGUUAUUGAUCAUUAAAAGCAAAUAGGGUCCACAGCUAUUUUUUUAAAAUGUGCGUGAUGUUUAAUUACUGUCGACAUUCUGUGCCCAUUUAUAGUGCAGAAAAUAACAAUCUAUAAUUUUAUAAUGAAAAGUGGGGUUCCCAGAUUCUUUAAAUUGAAGAGCAAUAGCCAUGGUGCAUUCACAUUGUUACUGCAGUCACAUAAUCAUAAUUAUUAAAGAACUGAUUUGGCAAUCAUUCUGUUCAUGUUUAAAAGCAUGGACACUAAAAAAGCCCAUUACAUCUAAGUAAGUGACAUUUAGAUCAGAUGAAACUGGCCAUCAGUAUAUUCUAAAACUUUGAUCUACACUCUCAAAUUAAUACUCAUAUUUUUUUGAGGAUAAAAGGUUAAAAGAUACAAUAUUAAAAUAUUACCCCUAAUUAUCACAGUUGGUGAGCAUUAAUGUAAUAUAAAUAUUUUAUAUCAAAAUUAUUUUUAAAAAUUUAUGGAUAACGGGCCACUUACCAGCACACCACUUCUGGAAUAUUUGUAUUGCAUUUUUUAAAUAUCAUUGAACAACCCCCCCUCUCCCUUCCCACCCCCAAUUUUGUUGAAGCUCAUUCAGCUUUUUGUGCUGUUUUUGAACAAUACUGCAUUUAAGAAAAAAAUUAUCAGAAAAGGAGUCUUCACAAUCCAUGCCAUUUGCCUUGAAAUCCAAAACUUUUUACUCAGUAUGGUAUAUAUAUUUGCCUUGCAAGCAUUUGUGUUACUUUUUGUUCUAAAUUUUAUUUGUAUUUAUUCAUUUUAUUCUGCCACAAAACAAGGCUUCAUCUUUUAUACAGAUCUGUAAUGUAACAUCAACUCCAAAUGGAAGCUGAUGUUGUCACAUGUUCAGAAUUUAUGAUGCUGUUUUAAUGUAUCUAUUUAACUAUAACUAUUUUGUGAUCCUAAUUCUUUUAUUGUACAUAGUGUUUUCAAAAUUGAAUAAAUUGUGUUUGUUUAAAACCGUAUGCUAUGUAACAAACUAAAAAUCAGUCUUUGCUUGUUCUAUCAAUACCGUCAAGUCUUAAAGAUUAUUUAGGAAAUAUAAUUUUAAAGUAUUGAAGUUCUACAUAUUUUCUUGAUACUAUGAGAGUCUCUUAAACUGUUUAUUGAAACAACCAGCCAGUUUUGGUGGGGCUUUUAAAAAAAAAAAUUUUUUAUUCUAAACAUUCCUUUGUUAUAAAUUCUAAUCACAUAAAACCAUUACAAAAUAAAUUGUUGUAAGACAUGGCCAGUUAUAAAAAUGAAAUUGGUUUAAUUUAUGUAUCCAUUGGUGAUCCUCCAACUAAGUCAUUAUUAUUUUCCCUCGAGUGUUAAACCACAUAUACCGGUAAGAGUUCAUAAAUUUGGCUGAGUAAGCUAAGGCUUACGCCACUUACUAGUCCAAAAGUGAAUGGGUUAAGUUAAAGUAUAUUUUGUUUACAUCAACAGGUCAAUCAUCCAGAGGAUUAAAAGAUAUUUGUUUGCAUCACAGAAAUUAUUUCUGUUUUUUGUUGUUCAAUGUUCAAGAGGAAGUGCUGUACACAAAUUCAGUUAGGACAGGUGCAUCUGUAUCUUCAUGAGUUUGUUCAGCAGCUCUUUAUCAUGUCAUAACACUUAAAUAUACUCACAGGCUCUUCUUACUCACACGCAUGUCCACACUUAUGCCCAGGGCUGGCUCAAAGUACCGGCAACUCUGGCAGUUGCCCGGUGCGUCAUGUACAUAGGGCGCCAUCAACGAUCAUCAAAAAUAGGAAACAUAGUUGCAUGUGAGCAUCAUGGACGAAAAAUAGAAAGUGCAACAAAAAUAUUUGUUGAUCUAAAGGCUAGAAAAAUAUGUAAUCAGCAGGCUAAUUGUUCAUACUGCCCACAGUAGGCUAAUUGUUCUUACCGGUACUCUCCAAAUACAAGUUAAGAAAAACAAUUUUUUUGUUCAUUGUUUGUUUAAAAAAAUAAUAACCUAGGUAAUAAACUCAUUACUUAAUCCAAAGUUUUUUCCUUGCAUAAAUUUUUAUGAUUAUACUUAAAAGGGGCGCCAAAAUUAAGCAUGCCCGGGGUCGCCAGCAACCGUGGGGCCAGCCCUGCUUAUAUCAUUGUAUUAAACAAACAUCUCUGUUACAAUGCAGUCCUGCAUCGUUUAAAAAUAUUCCCUCAUCAAUUUUUCUAUCAGCAGCAUAUUGGUACAUCAUUUCAAACGCCAUGAGAACAACCUUAGUUAUGAUAUUAUAAACCAGUUGUAACCUUUCUAAAAUCAAGCCAAAGAACUGUUCCCUUUCUUACCAGACACUAAUUUGUGUACAUGUACUGAUGUAACUGUUUUUAUGAUUACCUAGUUUGUUUGUUUUUUGUUAAAGUUAAUGGGGUAUGUGGUUCUCUAGAUUAGGGAUGUGCUUAGUGACAGCGCUGCUGCUCCCUCCCUCUCACAUGAUACCCACCCACCCCCACACACUCAAGAUACCCCAACAAAAAUAUCAAAAUGGUUUUAUAAAAAUUAGAAAAUUAAAAUUUAUACCAAAUUAGUUUUUCGCUGUUGCUGCAGUAAAAAAAAAAUGUUUUUAAUAAAUUAAUUUGUGUUCAAUUCCACUUCCGGAGUCUUACAGAACAACAAGAUUGUUCUAAAUUAAAUAUAGAAUAUAUCAUUGACAUUUCCAUACAUUAUUCUGAAUUAUUCUUUUAUAAUGAAGGUUACUUAAGGUUGGAAACUGGUGAAUUUUCUUUGAAAAAAGUACAUUUCAUUAGAAAAUGAUUAAUAUAUAAAUAAUUAUCACACUGUUACUCUCUGUCUGGAGGAAAAAAACAUUUUUAUUUGAUGUUAUAAUCAGUUGAAAGUGUUAAUGAGAACCAUUAAAGGCCAUAUCAAC